ACAUGCGGGAAAGAAUGUGAUAAAUUAUAGAAACCAAAUUUUAGUUAUAAAUUGUGAAGUCUAGGGGGUUGUGGUAAGCAUAAGCAAGAAAGAAACGAAAUAGAAGCUAAUUGGUAGAGACUCAUCUAUCCGUUCAAGUUUAGAUUAAAAAAGAGAGAGAGAGAGAGGGGUAGUGAAAAUGGCAAUUGAAUGGCCAAAGUUUAUGGUGCUCAAAUGUGAGGCGAGGAACAAAUAUUUGAGCUAUAUGCGUGAGAAUUGCGAUUGUAAUGGGUAUCUCAAAUUUUCGGAAACUUUGGCUUUCAGUCCAUACACAAAAUUUCAGGUGGAAAGGGCCAAAUGCAGUACUGGGGAAGAUGGGUUGGUGCACAUAAAGAGCUGCCACAACAACAAAUACUGCAAACGAGUCAAAAAUGUUUCCAUCACUGGAAACUCAAAAGAGCAGUACUAUUUGAUUUCUGCAGCCGCCAGAAAGCCGGAGGAAGGCGGAUCCGAGGAGUCGUGCACGUUGUUCAAACUUAUCCCGGUGGACACUGCAACAAAUAAGAUCCGAAUUAUGCAUGUGAAAUCAGGUUGCUAUUUAUGCUUAUGCUGGGUAGAUCCUCCAAAGUUUAAGAAAUAUGUGUUGGCAAACGACACAGAUUUCGAUGGUAAUAAUUCCUGUGGUCUCUUCACAGUCAUCGACUGGGAGUUGCUUGCGAAUAAGCCAUUUGCGUCGCCAAGGUUUAUGGUGCUCAAAUGUGAGGCGAGGAACAAAUAUUUGAGCUAUAUGCGUGAGAUUUGCGAUUGUAAAGGGUAUCUCAAAUUUUCGGAAACUUUGGCUUUCAGUCCAUACACAAAAUUUGAGGUGGAAAGGGCCAAAUGCAAUGGGGAAGAUGGGUUGGUGCACAUAAAGAGCUGCCACAACAACAAAUACUGCAAACGAGUCAAAAAUGUUUCCAUCACUGGAAACUCAAAAGAGCAGUAUUGGAUUUCUGCAGCAGCCGACCAGCCGGAGGAAGGCCGAUCCAAGGAGUCGUGCACUUUGUUCAAAUUUAUCCCGGUAGACACCGUAACAAAUAAGAUCCGAAUUAUGCAUGUGCAAUCAGGAUGCUAUUUAUGCUUAUGGUGGGUAGAUCCUCCAACGUUUAAUAACUGUGUGUUGGCAAACUACAAAGUUUUCGAUGGAAAUUCCUGUGAUCUCUUCACAGUCAUCGACUGGGAGUUGCUUGCGAAUAAGCCAUUUGCGUCGCCAAGGUUUAUCGUGCUCAAAUCCCAUCAGAAUAACAAAUACUUGGGCUUUGACCAUGAAAAGGGAGAUUAUAAAGAUGGGUAUCUCAAAUUUUCUGAAACUCGGGUUGCGAGCCCAUAUGCAAAAUUUGAGGUUGAGAUUGCUCAACGCGGUGGCAUAGAUGGCUUAGUGCACAUAAGGAGCAGUCAGAACAACAAAUAUUUGGUUUCCGAUGAAACCAGAAUCACCGCGACUGCCAGGAAGCCGGAGGAAGACCGAUCCAAGAAGUCAUGCACAUUGUUCAAGCUUAUCUCUGUAGAUGACGCAGCAAAUGAUGUCCAAAUUGUACAUGUGCAAUCGAGAAAAUAUUUAUGGGUAAUACGUGAAACUCCCAACCUCUUCACGUCCGAACAUCUCGAUGAGUAUUCCCGUGAUAUGUUCACAAUCAUUGAUUGGGAAUCACUCGUGUUUUUGCCAAGGCAUGUGGCAUUCAAAGGAAACAAUGGCCAGUAUCUUUGUCUUCGUCAGAUCGAGGGUCAUCCGUAUUUGCAAUUUUCAUCUGGUGAUAUUGGUGAUGCGGGUGUGACCAUGGAGGUUUUCAUGAAUAAUGAUGGAAGCAUUCGCAUCAAGCCUGCUGGUUCCAAUAAGUUUUGGCGGAGGAGUCCGAAUUGGAUUUGGGCGGAUUCUGAUGACACUACCAGCAACAACAAGGACACCUUGUUUCGACCCUUCAAAGUUAACGACCAGACAAUAGCUCUUCGCAAUUUGGGCAACAAUAACUUCUGCAAGAGCCUCAGUAAGGAGGGAAAGGCUAAUUGCCUUAACGCAGAUGUCUCCUCUAUUACAAAGGAAGUCCAGCUUGGAGUGGAAGUGCCUGUUUUGGAAAGGAAAAUUUAUAAUAUCAAGUAUGAUCUUGAUAAUUGCAGGAUCUACGACGAAAGCAAACUUGUGAUUGCGAUGAAUUCUGCUAGUAACUAUACCCGGAAAUCCGAAUCUUUAGACCUGAAACUUUCUUACACAGACACCCACACUCGUACUUGGAAGGCUAAUGUAUCACUAAAGGUAGGGGCAAAAGCUACCAUGAACUUCGGCCUUCCAAAAAUUUUUGAGGGGAGCAUUGAGUUAUCUGGCGAAAUUCAGACAGGAUUUGAGUGGCAAGAUACCAAGACAGUGACUUCUGUGAUGGAUGUUCUACACAAAGUUGUUGCGCCUCCGAUGACUAAGGUGACAGUGAAUCUGACUGCAAUAAAUGGUACAUGUGAUGUUCCGUUCACGUACAUGCAGAAGGACACUCUUUAUAAUGGCAACAUUGUCAUAUCUGAAGUGCAAGGCGGCACUUACACUGGUUCUAAUUACUACAGUCUCAACUUUCAAACCAAAGAAGAAUCACUCAGCUCUUCCGUUUAAGCAACUACUGCUACGGGGAAGGCACGACAGGAUCUGAGUCAGGCAGGGUGUGUAUAUGUACGAAACUAAAUAAAACUGUGCUUCUUUCAUGGAAGCCAAUGUGUGUGCGCAGUUUUACUUUUAUUAUGUAUCGAUAAUAUCAUGUACUUUUGAUAUGUGAAUAAAUAAAGAUAUUUGUGUGUGGUGUGCUCAAA